CUAUAUUAAAUAUUCAAAGCGCCCCUUCGGGGUGCGUACGAAAAGGAGAUGGAGGCAUCUACCACUUCAUUUCCUCGGGGGGUGCCCUGCUUUCCCUCUUUUGCUCUUUUCUUCCAAGCACCCGGUUGCUCCUCCUCACUAGCCAACAAGACAACUUAAAGCCGAGAGGCCAGGACAGAAACCCGCCCUCCCGCUUCCGCGCACUCCGUUCUCUGGGCUCGCCAACCACAGAGCCGACGCAGCCCAAGCCCGGCGCAGCCCAAGCCCGGCGCCUGUGCUUUAACCCUGCUGGCUCAGCUGACCCGUGCCCGCCGCCCCGGAUCGCCGAGUCCCCGGAUCGCCGAGUCCCCGUCUCAGCCGCAGCCCGAGCUCCAGCCACCAUGGACUUCCAAGUCCCCCCGCUCCGCGCCUGGGACGACUUCUUCCCGGGCUCCGACCGCUUCGCGCGCCCCGACUUCAGGGACAUUUCCAAAUGGAACAACCGAGUGGUCAGCAACCUGCUCUACUACCAGACCAACUACAUGGUGCUCGCGGCCAUAGUGAUCUCCAUCGUGGGGUUCCUGAGUCCCUUCAACAUGAUUCUGGGGGGCACGGUGGUGGUGCUCGUGUUCACGGGCUUCGUGUGGGCUGCCCAAAAUAAAGACAUCCUUCGCCGCCUGAAGAAGCAGUACCCCACCACCUUUGUCAUGGUGGUCAUGCUGUCCAGUUACUUCCUCAUCUCCUUCUUUGGCGGCGUCAUGGUCUUUGUGUUUGGAAUCACAUUUCCUCUGCUGCUGAUGUUCAUCCAUGCUUCUUUGAGACUUCGGAAUAUCAAGAACAAAUUAGAGAACAAAAUGGAAGGGAUAGGCUUGAAGAAAACCCCAAUGGGCAUCGUUCUUGAUGCUCUGGAGCAGCAGGAAGACAGCUUCAACAAAAUCGCUGACUAUAUCAGUAAAGCAAAGGAAUAAGUGUCUGUAGCCUGAUGACGUGCAUUAAAUCCAUGGCAGGAAUAGUUUUUUUUUUCCUUUGCUCCUGUCCAGGACUUGCUUCCUGUUUGUGUGUAUGAAAUGUGAGGUGCCCAUAGAGAGAGCCCUACUAAAACUUAACUAGGUGGCAAGAUGCGGGUUGGUCAAAUUAUGUCCAACUCUUGCCAUGAUGGAGAGGAGGAGAACCCAACCAAAAGUCACCCAUCUUCCUAUUAUGUCCUAAGACCUUUUUAGUCGUUUAGUCUAUACUUGUUUAGACAAACUGAGCAAAAUCUGUGUUUCUUCAUGGGGGUAAAAUAACCCUUGAUUCUUUGUUAUAAUGAACAUAUUUCUAAGUAUUGAUCAGUGUUAAUAAUGUCUACUACAGUGAUAUUGUUUAUAUCUUAAAGGAGUUCAAAACAGCCUUAAGAAACAAACAAAAAUAUGGAGGUAUAUACAGGUGAAUAGAAAUGUCUGUUAAUUAGAAUAGAUGAUAUGAGACUUACCUCUUCCCCUACCCCUCCAAACCCUGGUAUGGUAAGCUUUUUUGUAUGUAAAUUGCUUUUAUUAUCUUUUAAGAGCCGAGUUCAUGUAUUGCUUUUCUCUCUGCUUGAUUCUGUGCAGUGAAAACUGGAUAAACACUCCCCACUCUGUUUACAGAUUUAAAGUCUGCUAUGUGGGAGACUAGCAAAAUACAUUGUUAGAUUUCUAUAAAUUCUUUUAAGUUACCCUAAUCAGUUUUGUACCAGCAAGCUUGUGCUACAAAAUGAGCAUGAGUGUUGCCUUUCUUAAAGAAGGCAGCUGUGUAACCUGUGUCAUGCUUGACCAGAUGUAUUAACAAAUCUUGAGUUCUACUGAGUACUAUUUAUAUUACUCAUAUAGCUUUUUGUUGUGGUUUCUAGGAAGGUGGAAAACUCAUGUCAGUAAUGGGUUGUUUGUUUGGUUUGGUUUUCCCCUUACCUUCUAAUUGUACCGUUUGGAACGCAGUGAAAUAAAUAUUCUGGAUAGAUAAUUCAUUUAAA